UUACCCUUUCUUAAUAUUUAAAAAACAGAAAUAAUAAUUUUGUUAAAAACUUAACAUUCUCACUCCACUUACUACUUUCCCAAAUCAGAAUUUCCAAAGUCUUUCUCUCCCUCUUAUGUUCUUAGCAAUUUCCCAAAUCAGAAUCCCCAACUCAAAAAAUUAGUGUUUCAUCGUCCUUCAUUUGGAAGCCAACGCCUCUCCUUUUUCUUAGAUCAUCUUCAACUAUUAUUUGAAGAAUGGUAAUGAUAUUUUUAUGCAAUUCCUUACGUUUCUGAAGCUUUGUUUCUCAAAUUCUAAAUGCUUUUGUGAAGCUUGAUUCGCCAUUUGUGAAGCUUUAUUGUUCAUAGCCAACCUUUUUUUAUGAAUAUGUGAGAUGGUGAAGAAAAGCAAAGUUGCAGGGUCAUUGUCCAAUUCCGUCUGUUGGACGAUACAUAUGGAUAAGGUGUUCAUUGAGGUAUUAAAAAAUAAGGAGGUUUCGGAAACAGAUUUGACGGAAAAUUUACUUCAAGGGCGUUUGACAACAUGGUGAAAGCUUGUUUAGGAAUAUUGGAGUUUCCAUUUACCAAGGAUCAUUUGAAGAAUCGCCUCAAGACAUUAAAAAGCAAUUUUGGCGAAGUUAAAGAUCUAUUUAAUGCUAGUGGAUGGGGUUGGGAUGAAGAUACAUCAAUGUUUGAAAAUGAGGACGAAGUUUGGAAAGAAUCAACUCAAGAUAAACAAGAGGCUUCUAAGUGGAAAGCGACACCAUUUUAUCACUUCGACUCAUUGUAUAAGUUGUUUGCCAAAGACAGAGCAAUAGGAGAACUCUCUGGGAUGACUAAGGAGAAGAAAUUCAAAUUGAAAUCAAUUGGGAUCGAAACAAGUACUACCUAGGAGGACAGUACUACUGGAAAUCUUGGUGAUUUAGCUGAUACUUUGAGCUCGAAAAGAAGAGGUAAAAAAGGAAAAGCCGAUGAAGUAUUGCAAAGUGAGCUUCUUACAAUAAAAGAGGGUUUGGAUAAUGUAGCUCAAGCUCUUCAAUAGAGGAAUGCUAUUGUAGAAAAUAGUCGACCUCAAGUUUACUCGAGUGAAGAGGUAUUUCAAGAGUUGACUAAGAUGGAGCUCGAUCCGCAUUUUCGUUGUAGAGCAUACCGUUUUUUAAAUGCAAUACAAGCCAGAAUUCAGGAGCGUUUUAGAUGUCCACCUGAGGAGCGCAAAGCAUAUCUUAUGGAUAUGUUAGAAGAUGACACUUAUACGAACUUUGUAUGCAUUCAAAACUGUUUUUGUCUCUAUUUCAUUUGACACUUUGCUUUCUAAGUUUACCUUUGCCUUUUGCUCAUCCAUGUUGAUUAACGAACAUAUUUACGUUUUGUUUUGUUUUGAUAGUGGAGGUUUUCCUAAUCAUUAUUCAA